AUGUCGGGGACGGGAGCACAGGCAAUUGUCACCCCCAACGAUACGAAUGCCCCACCUCCUGCCGAUUCUCCUUCUCCACCUUCCUAUGAUCCAUCAGGGUCAUUUUAUCCGAGUCUCCGUGAGGCACUCGACUUUUUUCGACAGACUUGUGAGAACGGUGGUAUAUCUACCGGAGAAGCGGCCACUGUCGCCUCGACCAAUGACUCGUCAAGCACAGAAACUUUGGAAUUACCACUGUACGUGGCACGAAUAGACGAAGAUGACGAAUAUUCAAGCUCGAGCUCAAAACCUCCAUUGGGGGACCCAGUUAGGGACGAGGACACUAGGACUCGUUGGUUACUCGAGCUGAGCCGGAAUCCUCUCCGUAUCCAAAAAUAUAGCUCUGAACUUGAUCGUCUUGAAUUCGCCCUUCGGACCUGCUUCCAAGUCGUUCAAGAGGUGGAGAAUUUGUUCUAUACCGCUCGAAUCAUUGGCGACAUAUUAACGGAGUAUGCUAAACUCAAGACUGGGUAUACCGGUCUGGGCCAGGAUGGUCUCAGAGACGCGUCAGAAUGUCCGAGCCACGAACAUAUGGAUCGUGAUAAUAUACUUUAUGCCCUGCGUAGUCUACUACCGGCAUCCGUGGAGGGGAGUGCUAAGCAGCAAGCUCGAGAAACAAUCAUAGGUCCGCUCAUCGAAUUGGCUAACAAGCUGAGCGAAAAUUCUGCAAGUCUACCCGUCUUUUUCCAAUGGGCAGAAUCUCAUCGGAAAUCCCUCGGUACUUCUUGGGAUCGUGUCCAUGGAGGAAGCAAAACGAACAGUCGGGCAUCCAUGUCAUAUGCUACUAAUACUCUGAGGUCACUCAGAGAACUAUGGAGCAACAAAAAUGGUGCAAGACAGUCAGAAGUUCACGUUGCAGGGAGGGAACAACUCCGAGAACUAACUGAACGACACCAAGACACAUUAUCGAGAGAGGUGUUCCGAAACCUGGAUGCACUAUGUCAACUUCAGGAAUUGUUGAGCCUCAGAGAAGCCUUCCAGUCACCAGAGCUGGCACAUGUGUUGAUGGAUCUGUCACAGGUUCCACCGGUACUUGGGACCUUUGUCAUGAAAGAUGGUAAGAGAACGUAUAAUUUUCCCUCUUACGAUCCCAAGGUGAAUUCCCAACGUUGGCCCGAAGCACUGGCCCUGGAUCAGGGGCAGCCUGAAGCAGCCAUAGUGGCCUCGCUCACUGCAGAGUUUGCAAGGACAUAUGAUCCAUGUCGGAUGCUUUUAAUGGCUGCAGCACUCUCAGAUGCAAACAGUCAAGCUUCACGUCCGCCGGUUCAUGUGCAAUCAACUUCCGGGGGAAGUUUGGGACCAUCGGGCACGGCAACUGAGUUUCGAGGGCCAUCUGACGUGUUAGGAAUUCUGAGCAGUGUCUUGGAGGGUGGAGCUAAAGGAGCGGAUAUUUUGAUCCAAUAUCAGCGGUCAAUUUCUUCUGUUCAAUCUGUAUAA